AUGAAGGUCUACACUAUCGGCGGCUCACGUAACAUCGGGUACUAUGCUAGCCUCAGACUGCUUCGUAAAGGCUGCAUAGUGACAUUCCUUGUCCGGAACCCUUCUUGCUUCGACGACGACGGCGACAUCCAAGGAUUCGUUAAGAAAGGCAAGGCCCGAAUCGUGAAGGGAGAUGCGCUAGUGAAGGCGGAUGUCCGUAAAGGCUGGGAGAUAGCCGGCCAAACCGUUCCAGGUUCCUCACCGGAACUUGAUGGACAAGUCAACGUCCUACUCUUCACCGUUGGCGGCUAUCCCACCUUCCACCUAAAUGGUGGUCUCCUUCUUGACCCACCUGACCUCUGCUCCCACUCCCUCCUCAACGCCCUCUCCACAAUGCCUCGCACCUCUACACCCCCACGCAUCGUAGCCCUCACAUCGAGUGGACUUACACGCGAAAGUAACGCCACACUCCCUUUCGCCGUUCGUCUCCUAUAUCGUACCCUACACUCCCCUCACAACGACAAACUUGGUGCCGAAAGAAUUCUCGCGCACGUGCUCGGCGAACCCGAACCCGAAGAACACAUUCUCGCAGGGAAUUGGAAGGAGACUGCGGGAUUGCCAGGGAAGGGAGAGCUGAAGGGCGUGGUCAUUGUGAGGCCGGCAUUGUUGACGCAGGGGGAGUGUAAAGGGAAGUAUCGGAUCAGGUCAGAGGGUGAUCUGGCGAUUAAGGGCGGUUAUACGAUUAGUCGACAAGAUGUGGCGCACUUUAUAGCGGAGAGGCUUCUUGGGCACGAGUGGGAUGCUUUUGAGGGCAAAGGCGUUACUUUGGCAUAUUAG